AAUUUACGAAGAUAGUGUAUUUUCAAGUGAAUUCGGAUGCAAUUAUAUUAAAUAAUCCUAUUAUUGAAUUCAUGUAUUUAGCCCUAUCAAUUCCACUUCCAGUUGGCCUGGUAUGGUUGGGUGUAUUUAAGCGUCGUUGUAGUAUUCAACUUAUAAGGGAUAAGAUAAUAGAAGAAUUAUG